AUGGAGUUUCUAAAGUACAUCAAGAAGGUGCUUCGAGACCUUGGGAAAGAUCAUCAGAUUUUAAAGCAUGGACACAAGAAUUUCCCCCCACGAGGUAUGGAAAGAGUCACCCUACCGGUGUCGCACGGUCGAUGCCCAUUUCUUGUUCAUCGUUUCACCCUUCCACCUCCCGCUCCAUCUCAAUCUCCUUUCCACCAUCAUCACAACUCUCAACGUCAACAGCCCUCCAGCCCUACAAUUCUUGUUCGAGUCAUUUCAGUAAUACCUCCAACACUCCUACUAAAUCAUCUAGUCUCUAGCACCAUGCUCUUCGCGUCACUCCUCACUUUCCUUCUCCCUCUCACCGCGGCAACGCCGAUUCUGAAGAUGAACACGCGUAGCAUUAUCAUUGAAGCUCUAGGCAACUCCAACGCCCUCGAUAUGCCUGAAACCCCCUCCGGGGAUCUUGUUACUCGGAACAACCUUCCCAAGGUACGAGCUCUUAUCUCUAUCCUACCUCUGAUCCUUUUCCCCAAGCCCAAGAGCGGGGAUCUCAUACCCAGGGCAAGAAGGCUAUUCGAGCACAUGAACUAUGGAGGCGUGUGGCGCGAUCUCGUCCUCCUCCCCGAUCGGUGUCGAGAUCUCAGCGCCGAAUUCCCGGACAUGUCGUCCUUGCAACCGGCGCAGGGGGUUGAGUGCUCGCUGUUCUUAACCAAGGAUUGCAAGACCAAGCACAAUGUCCAAGUGCUUACAGUUACCCCCGCCGGCAACCAGAAUGUGGGCAAAAAGUACAACGACAAGGUCAAGGGGAUUAUAUGCAAUAAGGCUGGGGAUCAGCAGAUCCCGAGAAAUGUUGAGAGGAUCUGA